AUGUCGUUGAAAGUAGAGCAAUGCAUCACUUCACUGCAAUCCGCACCAGCUGGGACGACAGUUCAUCGAUUGGUGUCGUUGACAAGGGAACGAAUUGCGUUCAAGGUCGAAAUCAGUGAAAAAUCAAGACAUUACGUGGUGUAUCCGAUAGAAGGAUUCAUCGACAGUGGAGAAAUGGUCAGGCUGACAGUCAGGCCGACCACAAAUAAAUUUACUCCUGCUAACCUCGUGAUCAGAUGGGCAGAGACUGACGACGACGUUGUUGAUGUGCUGAUGGCAUUGAGAGGGAAUGGCCGAGCCGGUCAGAUAAUUCAUCCUUUGAAUCCGAGGAACCACUGUGAUGAAGUGCGAUAUCCGUCUGCUUUAUUGAAAGUCGAUGACGAUGAGUGGGCGGAUGCACGAAGAUCGUGGUUAUUAGUAAAAUUUGGCUAUGCAACUGUUGCGAUAAGGGACGAAAACGUGAUAUGGAAAGCUGUUUCGAAAAUCACUGAAGAGCUGAGUUCCAAUCACAUUUUUCUUGAAGAUAGACCACUAUUCUGCAGUCUUUCAUGCCUUAGCGAGAAACAGAUUGUGAAUGAUAUCUGGAAUCAUCUCCAAGCAGCGAAACCGGGUAGCUAUCCGGUUCUUUUACUUAUUGAUGACUAUCAUGGCAGAUUUACCAACCUUAUAAAACACCAUUUCUCAAAACACAUGUAUAUUUUUCAACUGAGCGGCGAAGAAGUGGUUGAUAUCGCUGCAAGUUCCGAGGAGAGACCGUUCGUGGAGUUGAGUGGGUGGUGCCGAGAGUUCACCUCGCUCGUAAUGCAGUCUGAAGAAGAGAAAUUGCAAUCAUCUAACUUUUCUUCGAAUCUAGGCGGUGCAUAUUUUCCCAACGAAGAGCCUCCAGAUCGAGAUCUCAUGCGUGACGAUCAACAGCGCGAUUCAUACGGUACACAUGGGAGACCUCCGGACAAUCCACAUCAUAUUUAUGAAGAAGUCCCAAAUGGUCGGCACCGACCUCAUGGAGAAUAUCAAGAUGAUCGGUAUACCUAUAGUCAGAAGUGGGAGGAGCAGAGCAGCACUCAUGAAGAAAAUCUGAGGUAUUUCUAUAGUACUCAAGAGAUCUUUUAG